GACUCUAAUCUGUUUUCUAGGGUUUCAUCGAGAGAGAAGGAGAGAGCUGAAGCGAAAAUGGCGAUGGCGAUGGCUCUCCGGAGGCUCUCCUCUUCCAUUGACAAGCCCAUUCGUCCUCUUCUCAACGCUUCUUCCUCCGUCUGCUACAUGUCAUCUCUUCCGAGUGAAGCUGUCGAUGAGAAGGAGAGAUCUCGUGUCACAUGGCCAAAACAGCUUAAUGCACCUCUAGAGGUCGUGGAUCCAGAGAUUGCAGACAUUAUCGAGCUCGAGAAAGCUCGGCAAUGGAAGGGGCUUGAACUCAUUCCAUCAGAGAACUUCACCUCAGUGUCAGUGAUGCAAGCUGUUGGAUCUGUAAUGACCAACAAGUACAGUGAAGGAUAUCCCGGCGCCAGAUACUAUGGAGGAAAUGAGUACAUAGACAUGGCAGAGACCCUGUGCCAGAAGCGAGCUUUGGAAGCUUUUAGGUUGGAUCCUGAAAAGUGGGGAGUGAAUGUGCAACCUCUGUCUGGAUCUCCUGCUAACUUCCAUGUCUACACUGCAUUGUUAAAGCCUCAUGAAAGAAUCAUGGCACUCGAUCUUCCUCAUGGCGGUCAUCUUUCUCACGGUUAUCAGACGGACACCAAGAAGAUAUCUGCAGUUUCGAUCUUCUUCGAGACAAUGCCAUACCGAUUAAACGAAAGCACUGGAUACAUUGACUACGAUCAGUUGGAGAAAAGUGCUACUCUCUUCAGGCCGAAACUGAUUGUUGCUGGUGCGAGUGCUUAUGCCCGGCUAUACGACUAUGCCCGCAUCCGAAAGGUGUGUGACAAGCAAAAAGCUGUAAUGCUAGCGGAUAUGGCACACAUCAGUGGACUGGUAGCAGCCGGUGUGAUCCCGUCACCGUUCGAAUACGCUGAUAUAGUCACCACCACAACUCACAAGUCGCUCCGGGGACCUCGUGGGGCGAUGAUUUUCUUCAGAAAGGGGGUAAAGGAAGUGAACAAACAAGGGAAAGAGGUUUUGUAUGAUUAUGAAGACAAGAUCAACCAGGCUGUCUUUCCUGGUCUUCAAGGUGGUCCUCACAACCACACCAUUACAGGAUUGGCUGUUGCUCUGAAACAGGCAACUACUCCGGAAUACAGAGCAUACCAAGAGCAAGUCCUGAGUAACUCUGCAAGGUUCGCUCAGACACUGGAAGAGAAAGGAUACGACCUCGUGUCUGGUGGGACUGACAACCAUCUGGUUCUGGUUAACUUGAAGAACAAGGGCAUUGAUGGGUCCAGAGUAGAGAAGGUGUUGGAAGCUGUUCAUAUUGCAGCUAACAAGAACACUGUUCCAGGAGAUGUCUCUGCCAUGGUUCCCGGUGGCAUCAGGAUGGGAACACCCGCUCUCACUUCCAGAGGAUUUGUGGAGGAGGACUUUGCCAAGGUGGCCGAAUACUUUGACAAAGCUGUGAACUUGGCAGUGAAGAUCAAAACUUCAGCACAAGGAAACAAGCUGAAGGAUUUCGUGUCAAAGAUGCAAUCUUUCCAGUCUGAGAUCACCAAACUGCGCCAUGAAGUUGAGGGGUACGCAAAGCAGUUCCCGACCGUUGGAUUCGAAAAGGAAACCAUGAAGUACAAGAACUAAGGAAGCGAGGGGAGUGGCCAUAUUACAAGGUAAACAUGGAGAAACUGGGAGAUUCAGCAGAGGCGUAAAUGAAUAUUGGAUAAUGUCAUAUCUUAUGCCCGGAUUUCCACGGAAUGUGUAUAGAUAGAUACAUGUAACGCCUUUUACAUACUCUAUGCCCAAACCUUAAACUUAUAUGCUAUGUAAUGAUCAAUAAAUUCAGUUCACCAA